AUGGCACCGGCUUACAAUGAAAAUGUGAGGGAAGUGGAGGCCGCAUCCCACGCGACCAAGGAUUCUACUAUUCUCAGUAGUGUUCUCCACGGGAUACAAGAUGUGAGAUUGGAAGUUCACAAUAUCGCCGAACCUCUGGUCGGAGAGCUCCAAGUCCAGAUCAAAUCAACCGGUAUAUGCGGUUCAGAUGUGAGCUACUACAAGAAAUUCGCCAAUGGCGAUUUAUGUGCUUGUGCACCUCUAUCUCUUGGCCAUGAAGCUUCGGGUGUGGUUGUAGGAAUCGGGCCACAAGUCAAUGGCUUUUCCAUCGGUGACAGAGUUGCCCUUGAGGUGGGCAUCUCAUGUGGUCAAUGUGAUAUCUGCAGGAAAGGGAGAUACAAUUUGUGUAAGAAGAUGAGGUUUAGGAGUAGUGCGAAGAGUGUUCCUCAUUUUCAGGGGACCCUGCAAGAGAGGAUCAAUCAUCCAGCUGUUUGGUGUCAUAAACUUCCUGAUCAUAUCUCCUUCGAUGCUGCAGCACUUCUUGAACCACUUUCGGUGGCCAUACACUCCUUGAAUCGAGCUGCUCCUACACCUGGAUCUACGGCUGUCGUCAUCGGAGCCGGAACAGUAGGUCUACUCGUCGCAGCCAUGGCCCGUCAAUCCGGCUGCCCCAUAGUGACCAUAACCGACAUAUCGGCCAACCGGGUCCAAUACGCACUAGAGCACGGAUUCGCCACGCACGGCUACGUGAUCCCAGCUUGCAGCACCAAUUCCACCGCUCCAUCUACAAACCCCUCAUCUGGAACCUCGACACCAUCUAUGUCCUCCGGCACUACCACACCUCUUUCUUCCUACACCAGCAUCUCGGACCAUCUCAAUUUUGCAAAAAGCAGCGCAGGUGAUAUCCUCAGCACCACAUCCGAAGAAGAUAUUCUCGGAGAAGCCGACCACGAAGGCGCAGAUAUAACAUUUGAAUGCACCGGCAAGGAAAUCUGCAUGCAAACUGCCAUCUACAGCACCAAACCGGGCGGCAAAGUGAUAAUGGUAGGUAUGGGAACACCCAUCCAGACACUUCCUCUUUCCGCGGCGCAUCUCCGUGAAGUAGACAUUCUAGGGGUGUUCAGAUAUGCAAAUACGUAUCCGAUUGGGAUUAGAAUGCUGGGUGCUAGUGGGAGGAAAGGAGGAUUGCCGAGCUUGGAUCAUAUGGUUACGCAUCGGUUUAGUGGGUUGGGUAAUGCGAAGGAUGCGUUUGAGUUGGCGGGGAAGACGGUGGAUGAGCAGGGGAAUUUGGUUUUGAAGGUGGUUAUUGAGGUUUAG